UGCUUCAUCCGGGUACCGGAGAGUCACCAUUGACAGCCGAAGCACAACUUUUCCCCAGGCAAAGUGAAAUCAAGCCGCGGACUCGGACACAAUCUAGUCCCCGCUUUUCAACUUAAAUUAGUAGGAGGAAGGCGCGGCGGCCCCCCUAGUAGCAGUCCGGGUCACUCGGCCGAGCCCCGGAGGGUAGCCAUCCGGCGCUCGACGCCUUUGUGGCGGCUUCCGAGCACUUUGGGAGACGGGCGGAAAGUCGGUGAUGAGUCCCGGGCUGCAAAAGAACAAGCGACAACUUGCUCUCCGAGCCGACUAGUUCUUUGGCUUCUUAUUGUCGCUGGAAAAUUGGACCCAAAGUUGGCGUUGCUCGCGUCCAAAGUGGGAGUAAAGUGCUUUUGUGCACGGAACAUGGAGGUACAAGGCCUGCAAGAGGCUCUCAAAGUGGAAAUCCAAUGUCAUCAGAAUCCGACGCUGUGCAAAGGCCUGAAUGAACUUGGGAGCGGACAGAAGCUGGCGGUGCGGAGUUGCCCGGUGGCGGCGAGCAAGCCGCCGUCCCUCAUCAAGCCCCCCAGCCAGGCCAUCGCCAUCUCCGCGGUGCCGGCGGCGCACCUCAACGGGCAGAAGGUUCCCGCCGGUUCGGAGCCGCAGACGGGCCUCGGCGUGGCGCUCGGGGGCGGCGGUCACCCGCCGGGCGCCGGGACCGCCCCGGACCUUCCGCCGACGCAGAUGACGGGCUCGCUCGGCUCGGGUCCCCUCAAGGUGCCUCGAGUCAGCUCCCUGCACCGCCUGGCCGGUCAGGCCGCCGGCGUCCUACCUCAGGUCAGGCCAAAGACGCUGAUUCCCGACAGCCUUCCCCGCAGUCCGCGCCAGGAGCCCCCCCAGGCCCCGCAGCGACGCCGCUCCUCGGCGCUCGCCGGCUCCUCGGGUGGGGGCGGGGCCGGCGCCGGCGCCGGGGUGGCCUACGCCAUCAUCGCCGCCUCGCCCGCCCGUGCCAACGGAGUGGCUGCCGUCAGCGAGGCCGUCAAGGUGAUCAUCAUCCAGCCGCAAGCGCCCCGCGACGGCGAGGGAGGGGCGCUCGGCCUCCCGUCGCAAGAGCCCCCGCCCGAUCCCGCCGGCUCCCCUUCCCGCAAGAUUGACGAGGACCCCGAGAAAAUUUCCUUCAUGGUCGCGCUUGGCCUCGUGACCAACGAGCACCUGGAAGAAAUCCAGCUGAGGAGGCAGGAGAGGAAAAGGCGCAGCACAGCCAAUCCCGCCUACAGCGGCCUCUUAGAACCGGAGCGCAAACGUCUGCCGUCGCAUUACCUGAACGGCCCGCUCUUCGCGUCGGCACGAGACUCGGAGGACUUCUGCUGGAAGGAUGAGGCGGAGCGUGACGGCCAGUUGCGGCCCUGCGACGACUGCCCGCGAGCCUUCUGCCCGGACUGCCUCCAGCCGCCGCCCGCGGGACCCCGCUACUGCCCCAAGUGCCACAAGAAGGUCCCGAGCGCGGAAAGCGCGCCGUGGCCUCGCGACGUCACGCACAAGACGGCGCGUCGGGAGGAGAAGCGGCGUCUGCUGCGGCGCCACGGCGAGCUGAAGGAGGAGUGCGCUCACCUGGAGGAGGAAGACCAGCAGCUCAACAAGACGCUCCAACGCUGCCUGGAUCGACGAGAUCGUCUGGCGGCGCGGCAGCGGGACGCGCUGGCGGCGCUGGAGCGGCUCAAGGCGCUCAUCGGGCUGAUCCGGGUGACCGAGACCGACGGCGCCGCCCCCGCCCCCUCGGCGCCGCCGUCCCGGAUGAGAAGCGGGCCCUCGGUCCCUCCCUUCUGGACCUCGCCGGACAACCACUCGCCUUAACCCAACCGAGCCCCCUCCCGCUCCACCUUGGCCCGAAGUAGUUGUUGCCAAGACCUCCGGUGCUGACGACAUGAGUUUUCCUCUCUUGUUGGUGGGCCUCAAGCUUGUUGCGGAUGCCGCGGCGGCAACAGCGGCGGCAGCUUUUUUUUUUUUUUUUCUCCUUUUUGCCAAAACGAUUCAGGAAGUAUUUGAA